AGCCGGCUUCCCUCGCGUGGAUUAUCAGUGCAACGACCUGACCGGAGGCGGCGGCUCACCGCCCGACGGCCUGAGCGCCCUGCUGGAGGCUGGAGACGUGGUCAAGAUGGACGGGAGCGGCCAGGGCGGCGGCAAAAUUACAGGCUCCAAGUCGCUCCCCGUGGGAAGGGGGGGCUCCGUGGAGAAGAAGGAGAACCAAGUGACGGAGGAAGAGGAUGACAAACCUCCAAAGCCACGAGACCUCAGCAUGGUGAUCCACGUGUGCGACGAGACCAAGAACCUGAAGCAGGACUUCACCUGCCCCAGAGACCUCCUGGUGAAGGAGAUGCGCUACUUUGCCGAGUAUCUGUCGGUGGACCAGCAGCGGUGGGAGGAGGUGGACAUCUCGGUUCACUGCGACGUGCAGAUCUUCGACUGGCUCAUGAACUACGUCCGCAGGAACUCGGCGGGCGAGGGCAACAAGGACAAGCCGCGGCUGGAGCCCAGCAACGUGAUCUCAAUCCUCAUCUCCUCCGAGUUCUUGAAGAUGGACACGUUAGUGGAGGAGUGCAUCCAGUACUGCCACAAACACAUGAGUGCCAUCGUGGCCACGCCCUGCAACAUGAACUGCAUCAACAGCAACCUGGCCACACGCAUCGCCGAGCUCUUCAACCACAACGAGGCCGACGACAUCCGCGACAAGAAAGAUAAAUUUAAGAGUAAACUGUUUCAGAAGAAAAUUGAGCGGCUGUUCGAUCCAAACCACCAGAACAAAGACUCACCAGGAAACGCUUCGACUCUCUACAGGUGCGGUCUGUGCCUGAAGCUUCUGACCAAAGACACGGAGAGGAAGAUCUCCUGCCUUCCAGGGAAAAUCAACGUGGACGUUCGAGGACAGAUCGUCUACACGCACACGAGACAGAAGAGCUGGGACGUGCAUGAAUACCUCCCAGCGCUGUACGAGGAGCUCAAGUCCUGGGUCCUGGUGUACUGGAGAGUCUGGGGGACCAUCAACCACCUGACCUGCUCACGGUGCCAGCAGGUGUUCGUGUGUGCCGAGCUGACCCGCUGCAGAUACCACCCGGACAGCGUGCUGUACCCCGGCAUGGCCGCCGAGAAAGGCUGGCACGGUGCGGGGAUCUACCCCUGCUGCAACCAGAGGGUGCUCCGCUUCGACCCCACCGGCAUACCCAAGGGCUGUAAGAUGCGGGACCACAUCGUGAACGUACCAGACGAGGAGAAGUGUGACGAGGCGACUGCGGCGCAGACCAGGGUCCUCAACGACCUGCUGCUGCACAGAGACGCUGUGUGUUUGUCCAACACUUCACCUGCUUCACCUGCAGACGGCUCUGAGGAGAGUCCGUCCAGCGCAGAGAAAGUCCAAGACUGCAACGUCCUGCUGGAGCCCACGCUGCUGGCACCUUUUUCUCUGUUGAAGAACUGGACUCUCCAGCUGAGGCAGCAGUCUCUGCUGUCCGAGGAUGAGGAGUACACCACGGGGUCAGAGGUCACUGAAGACGAGGUCGGGGACGAAGAAGACGUGUCCAAGAAACAAGCCGCCAAGAAGGCCAAGAAGGCCCACAGACCUCUGAAGAAACAGCUGUCCUCUCCCAGCUUCCAGCGCAAGGAGAAAUAUGAGAAGGCGCAGACCAGAGACGUCACGCCUUUCACAGUGAGCCUGCAGAAGAGUAAGUGGGACAGCUCUCGCUCCCUGCGCUACAACCAGGACGCCCAGAGAGAAGAAGACCAGCGGCGCAUGGCGGAGAUGGUCGGCCACCUGACCAGGAUGAGGUUCGGAGACCAGGACCAGAGUAAAUCCAAGGAUACCAAAGAGCCUGCAGGGGGGAUCUACGCCAGGCUGGAGGCGCAGUUCAAAGGCGGCGCUCAGACCAGACAGACGGCAGAGAAAGCUCCCAGAUCCAAGACGCGUUACGCUCAGCUCCGGACUACUUAAGCCAGGCGUGGACUCCCUCCUCUCUGCAUGUGGACCACCAGCGACUGUCGCUAGGCUUCGCUGCGUGUUUGUGCAGCUGUGACACCCCCCCCCCCCCCCCCCCAUCCGGUCCCGUUCGGCUCGUAGGGAACACCCACGACCCGAGCGAGGACCUCACACCCUCCACUGCUGCUGGACCUCCAUCAUCGUGUCGUGGCUGCAGACUCCCCAGCGGGGGAAAGGUGACGGGUUCUGCUGCCGGGACCUUAAACGGACACCUGCUUCACCUGUAAUCUGUUCUGGUCCAGAUGUAACCGGCAGUGGACUAAUAACAUGUAUAAACACUUUAAAAAUGAGCCCGGUUCA